AAUUUUGACAGCCCUAAAUUUAUUGUAUAGAAGAAGGUAUAUAAGGUCAGUGAAGUUUUCCCCUAUCAAUAUAUUUAUGCUCCAUAUGCCAUAGAUCAAGCUCAUGGUGAUUGAGAUAUUGGGGAUAUCAUCUGUAAAAUACUUUGGUCAUCAGAUAAUCAAUAAUCGUUUUGUGUGUCAUUUCAUGCUUGUCAGAUUCCGCUAAUCUCUGCCUCAUCUCACGUAGAAAAAAGGAGAAAUCCUGUUGCCCGCCAUCGUCACAUGUACCUCCUUUGGAGCCUGUGCUUCAUUGUAGGCAAACACUCCCAGGGCUGCGACUGAGUGCCACUCAAUGAGCCCAUGUUUGCGGGAGAGUGCGUUUGUUGCCAUGGUUACAAAAACGCCAGCCUCUCUCACGUCAUCACUUCAAACCACCUUUGCAGCGAUCGGCUCCCCUAGACUAUUGUUAACCGAGAGAGAGAAGGUGCCACGGUGGAUGAGCUCAGGCGGUAAACAGCCUCCUCCAAUCAGGAUGCUCCGGCAACUGCGACUUCAUCCGUUUGAUGCCACUCUUUGUCAGUUUGCCUGCCGUACAGCUUCAUUCCUUUGCUCGGCGCAACUGGGGAAAAAUAAAGGAGGUGAUUAAAGGAGUCCUACCACAACGCUGAGACUUUCUGCAGCCAGACUGAAGGAGAGCUACAGCACCCCAAUGGUGCCAGUAGGUCAUGUGAUCUAACACCUGCCACCGACCCUCUAACAGUACUCUUCUGAAGGGAAAAAAAAAAAAAAUUAAAUACAAAAACAGAUAUAAGUGAAAAGAGAAUUAAAAAAAAAAUGUGAAGAAUUUCACAAAGUAAGGAGGUAACAUACAUUCUAAAGACACACAUGGACUGAAAGCAAUGGCAGAUGAGAGGGAACAUAAGAGACUCACCAAGCAAGACAGAGAGGUCAGGAAGUACAAGCGAGCAAACGAGGUCCCGCCUCACCAAGGUCUUCACAAGGCGAGAGCCGAGAAAGGACGUCUUCUGCUGAGGGGCUAGUUUCUGUUUUACGGUACACUGCUGCCGUGCAGCGAUGACUCAGUCCGCUGCCAUGAGGCCACACUUCCCAGAGGACACCCAGGAGGAGAGGGACAGAGGCCAGGAGGCAUCCCAGAAUCUUCUGCAGGAAGCCUGCGGCUGGGAGCGAUGGUGGAUGAGGAGGUGGAGGGCAGCCUUCAGAGCUGGCUUCUUCCUUUGGCUCUGUGUCUUAUCCCAGAUCACCGGAGUCUGGAUCCUGUAUAUGAUGAAUGGAUACAACGCUUUCCCUGCUGCGCACAAGGUCCUUGACCUCAUGCAGUACCUGCUAUCAUCACUGGGGGCAUACAGCUCAACGGAAGAAGAGAUGUCCCAUUCCCUGUGGAUGGACCUCUGGAGGAUAGAGAGCAUAUGCCCCCUGCUGGCUACCCUGUUCCUUGGCAUUGCCAUCUUGGGCAUUGGGAUCCACUACUGUCUGAAAGCCCUGUUCCCUGGCAGCCUCCCCACUGUCCCCAACAGCCGGCGCCAGUCCAUGAGCCGUCAGCCCUCCUUCACUUACUCCGAGUGGACCGACACUAAGCAGGAAGACCUCUUCGACCUGGACCCUGUCCCUGAGACGCCAAUAUUUGAAUCCUUCAUGGACAUAAAGGCAGAGACUGACCCAGGCACCCUCACAGUGAAGCCAGUGGGGCUGCAGGAGAGGAGGGGCUCCAACGUAUCUCUGACCCUGGACAUGUGCACUCCAGGCUGCACUGAGCCCUACGGGGCACUCCUGUCGCCGGGGGAGCAGUCCGCGCGAGAAUAUCUCCAAAAGGCCUCUAAUGUUCUCACUGCCAGCCAGCUGCACAGCCGUGCCCUGGACGACGCUGCCCUACAGGCCGAGUUCUUUGAGACUCCCAUGAACUUUGUGGAUCCCAAGGAAUACAGCUACCCAGGAAUUGUGAGAAAGAACCGUUACAAAACCAUCCUCCCAAAUAAGCACAGCAGAGUUUGCCUUAAAGCCACAGAAGAAGAUGACUUCCUCAGCACCUACAUCAACGCUAAUUAUCUGAAAGGUUAUGGAGGGGAGGAGAGGACCUACGUCGCCACCCAGGGCCCCACAGUGAACACCGUCAGUGACUUCUGGAAGAUGGUUUGGCAGGAGCACUCGCCCAUCAUCGUUAUGAUCACCAACGUUGAGGAGAAGAAUGAGAAAUGUACAGAAUACUGGCCAGAGGACAGUGUGACCUACGAAGGGAUUGAAAUCACCGUCACUCAGGUGAUACAGGCCAACGAUUACAGACUGAGGAUCUUCUCCCUUAAGUGCAAUGACGAGGUGCGCAGUCUCAGGCACUACUGGUAUACGUCUUGGCCCGACCAGAAGACUCCAGACAAGGCCCCGCCACUGCUGGAGCUGGUGGAGAAAGUGGAGAAGGCGCGGCAACAGGCCCCCCCCGACAGCGGCCCCAUCAUCGUCCACUGCAGCGCAGGAAUCGGUCGUACUGGAUGCUUCAUCGCCACCACCAUCCUCUGCAAGCAACUGCUGAAUGAAGGGAUGGUGGACAUUCUGAAGACCACUUGUCAGCUUCGCUUGGAUAGGGGAGGCAUGAUCCAGACACCUGAGCAGUAUCAGUUCGUGCACCAUGUUCUCAGUCUCUAUGAGAGACAAUUGUUCUGUUCUGCUGAGGAAUAGGCAGCUAAUAUCAUCUUCCCCAAAGACAAACCCCAAAACUUAAAGGAGGAAUAUCUGCUUUAUUAACAAAAGACAAGACUCACCUUACAAGGAUUCUCCUCUUCCAGCCUCUCAGCUCAUUUGAACUCAGUGAUUCACGAGUCUGGAUAUCUUCCUGUCCGUCUGUGCUCUGUCUGUACAGCAUCAGGGCAUGUCCAUUGUGAAGGUGUUCUCGCUGCAGAAUUAGUCAGUCAGUAAUUACCAACUGUGAGUUUGAGUAAUUGUGCCACUUCUCAUUCAAGCACAUUGAGUCUGCAGGGUCAGUUCCUGGCAUUGAGUCUGAGUCACAUUUUAACCCUGUGCUUCAGCUGUCAAUGAAGAAAUUCUUCACCAGUCUGUAUGGCUGCAGUCCCAUUUGUGGUCCAUAAUGUUCACCAAUGUACUGGAUCCUGAUGCUUUAUAUGAGACUGUAAAGACAAAAUGGGUGAGUAUUUCUCUUCACCUGACUUUUUCCAUAACUUUCAGUUGAACUGUUUGCUGAAAAUGACCAGAAGUAAAUUUUAUUGAUUUUAAUGAUUUCUACAGAGACUUGGAACUAGAAUACUUUAAAGCUUUACCAUAGUCUGGAUUGAAGAAUUGACAGGGGAGAGACGCCCUGACCUGCUGUUGCAGCAGUGAACUCACAGCACCACAAACAUGGUCAUUAAGGCAAACUACGAUUACAAACACAUCUAUAUUCAUCUAGUUCUGAAGAUCAUCAGAAUGCGCCACCAAGUUGAUGGGAGGAAGUACUUCUCAGAACAAUCAUCUCUGAGACUCAGUGCCUAGGGUCUCAGCUGGAGAUGAGAUCCUCCUUAUGGAAAGUCCUCAUGGCCCAAAUUUCAGGUCAAAAUAGCUUCUGCAACCGGCAGCCCUGGAAAAAAAACCUCUCAACUGAAUAUGUGCAUCAUGUUUCAUUAUCUACUGUCAGAAAUUCUUAUUUGAUGGAAUACGAAGGGUUGACGUUCACAUAACACAAGGCAUGAAUUUUGAUUGGUCUAGACUUUGAGCUCUAUAAUAAUUAGUUAUAAGGGCGGCACGCUAUCCUCACCCCUCCGGGCCUGGGUGUUCAAAUAUCGCCCUUAGCACUGUGUGCUUGGAGUUUGCAUCUUCUUUCUGUAAUUGCAUAGGAUUACUCUAAAAUCAUUUGCUUAUGCAAACUGGUUCCAAGAAAUUGGCCAUAGUGUAAGUAAAUAUGCCUUGUGUUGGACUUGCAGCCUGUCCAGGUUGCACGCUGCAUAACAUAAGCCUCAGGCUCCGGUAAUCUAGCACCACAUAAGAAGUAUGGAUGGACAGGAUAAUAUGGGAAGCCCUAUAGGGGGGAUGCAAAUCCAUACGAGCUUCCCUGCAAAUGACCUACUGUAUGUCAUGGCGAUCUUGGAAGGUCUCACUAAAGCCAGCUUUGUAGUUUUGCUCAGGAAGCACAGGGUAGUGAUCCUCAGAGCCUCAUUAAGUUGCUUUGGCCUCUUGGUGAUGCGAUUAGGCAUCUGUAUAGGAGAUGAGCGCUUCGGUGUCACCAUGACUACCUCCCAGCAAAAGAACUGCAAUAGAAAAGUAAGACAUAGCUACAAUCGGAAUAGAGAACAAUGUGGAAUAUUUUUUUUAUGUUCUUGCCAAUACACAUUGUCAGUACUACCAAUAAUGCAAUUAACGAAUAUGUUAUUGCUAUUGAUUUCAGAUUGAAUUAAACAAUGAUGAAUGAUGCCAGUUCCGAUGCAGACACUGAGUUGCCGUGGUUUAUGUGAGAUAUCCCUUACCUUGUCCAGUAUAGAGAUCAGGCAGCUAGGUGGCCCUGAAGGCAGUUCCUCAAGCACACAUAUUUUAUACACGACGGCCUUAAUCUGUGUGAAUCUCUCCAUUGCACCUGACAGGGGUGGUGGAUUUGGAAGAUUGUACCGUUGGUCAAGGUCCAUUCAAAUGUCUCUUCCUGAUUUCCAGUCAAUCUGAAAGUAGAAGGAGCAAAAGCUUGAGGUGGUCAUUUUGGGCCAACAUUUCCCAGGGAACAAUAAAGGAGGGUGUUACUGAUAAUGUUUCUGUCAUCUGGUAGCGCCUACAAGCACUCAAGUGAGUAGACGCCAUUGGAUUCUUCAGACCAGACAAGGCAAGUUCUCUUUAAGGACUAAAACUGUACUUGUGUCUGCAUAUAUCGAUGCUGUUUCCCACUGUUUUUUUCCACUGGGUUUUUGAAAACCCAAUAUGCUGCAUUUCAAGUUUUUUUUUUUUUUUAGGAAUCAAAAUACCGGCACACUGUAUAUUACUCUGCUUUCAUUCAUACUGUCAUCUCACACUGUUAACUACUGCUGCGGGGGGAGGUCCUAUUUCUGGUUCUUAUGGUUUUUUUGACUUCACAGUCAUUGAUUACAAGAUUGUUGUUCACACGGCUCUUUGGAACUUUGUACAGGAAGUAUCAGUCACAUACGUCACCAAAGAACUACCAUAUUUACUGCCCAUCUAUGGAUCUAACUGACGUAGUAACCAUUGAUACAGAGACAGCAAAUUAAAUUAAAACCUGGUGCUUAAAAUCCUGCUGUGGAUGUGUGUUGAGGCUAGGAUCUUGCUGCAUAUCUGUCUUCAGUAUAAUUUCCAUGUGAAUCUCUGAUUGGUUACUCAUACGUUAUUAGCAACGUGAGUUAAAUGACCUCUUUCAACAUUAGAAUUUGAUGCAAAUUCCACAAACACAAAAGUAGGACUGUCACUUACAUAGCUGGAGUAAUCCAGAACUCCCUAUUGACAUACCAAAUUUGUUAUUAAUUAUUAUUAUUAUUAUUAUUAUUAUUAAUAAUAAUAAUUUGUUCAUAGUGUGUCAGUAUAAUAUACAUAAUGGACUUCAUACUAAUACAAAAACGCUGAUUUUGAGAUAAGUGAUAAUACGAUGGAUUUCUAAUGGUUGAGUGGUGACUGGUCUCUGCGUGGCAUUGGAUGCUGCUUUGGGUAAGCUGUAGUCCCCCUGUAACCCAGACCAAGAUGAGUUGGUAUAAAAUGGAUGGAUGGAUGGAUGGAUGAAUGAUUGAGAAGCUUCAUCUAUAGAUAGAUAAGCAUUUAAUCAAUUCCCUGCAGAAAGGAUGCACAAGAACUGAAUAUCAGGGCCCAGAAAUAUUAUGUUUCAAUUGAAGGAAUGGAAAUUGUGGACAAAGUGAACUGAUAAUCCUAGCACUCUGUAGGGACAACGAGACAUCAGGUGCUAUGAUAUAAUUGAGAUGUUUCCAUUAGUUGGUCAAGUCAUUCCCAAAACUUCCCAAAGCUUCACUCCCUCACCCACCACCCCUCAAUAUCCUCCUCACCACACUAUCUGGUUCAUCCCCACCGUCCAGUCAGCAUCACUCAGUUGUUCUUUAUGUUCCAUCCCAUCUUCUUCCUGACUUAGUAUAUUCCUCACUGGUGCAUAAAGCUUUAAAGACACCCAUUAACUAGCAUUUACUAGAGUGAAAUCCACCCCACCCCCCCAACUCAUAUCCAUAAAAUCUAUAUCAAUUUUUCUCUAAAGUUCAGCUGAUUACUCAGGUGUACAAACAAUGUACACGGUAUUCAAAGUUUAAAUAUACAUCUGUCUGUUGAUUUGAAUGGAAAAUGGAAUAGGUAGAACUGUUAUAUACACAAGAUUAUGUUUGUGUAAAGACAAUUGCUCUUUUUCUUUAUUGUUAUCAUACAAAUAUUUCAAAAUAGUAAACAGAGAAUCACCUGUGAUGUUUCAAAGUAAGAUAUUUGAUUCCAUAUGUCGUAUUAUAUGGAAAUGCACCAAAAACACUGUCAGAUAUUGAGUAAAUGCAUAAUGAAGUGUUUUUUUUUUUGUAGUGACAUUGGUAUGUCAAAAAUAAAUCCGAAAAUAAAAUAUUUAUGUAGCUAGUUUCCUUAUGUAGUGUUAUUUGCAAAUAUAGUACAAAAUGAAGAGAUGAAGAAUUUGGUGUAAUACAAUACGAUAGAUAGAACUUCAGCGCAGACGUUUGGUUAAUUGUUACUUAAGUUGUUCAUUAUUUCUAUAAUAACGUUUUGAAUAUCACUGUACAGAUUUUAAUAAAAUGCAUGCAUAGACUUUAGACUUGUCCACAAUAAAAGGAAGAUAUAGAUCGUCUGGCUUUUUGGUACCACUGUGUAACACAAUGCUUAUUCUUGUAAUAAUUUAUUUUAUCGCAGAUGUUUUUCAAUUUUAUCAAUCCAUGUUUUCAUUAUGUGAAGAUCGACAUGGAAUGUAACUCAGAACUGCUGUCUCCUGGCUUCUCGGUCUGCCCUCAGCUGAAACGUACAUAAUUACCAUGUGUAUCCACUCCAUAAUGGCAGCAUUACGUAUUAUUUAGGUGGAUAUGUCUGAGUCAUUGUCAGAGACGCUUUGUUUAUAAAUCUGUUUUAUACGUUGCACAUUCAAGCUUACCUCAAUCUGACGAUCUUUAAGGACUUUUUUUUACAUCACCAUGGUAACAGAGGGAAGAAUGCUGCAGACGAAUGGUGCUGUUUUGAUGGGCUUUGAAAUGCCCUGUUUUGUUCACUAAAGCUCCCUAAUCACAUCUCUGUGUCACAUCUUAGUUUUAAAUUAUUAGCAUACUUCAGAUCCCAAGAACAGCAGAAAGAGUACAACGACGUUGAGCUCAAUUUUUAUGUUUACCUCUCUGUCAGAUGUAAUUGGCCUUUUUGUGAAUGAGGUAUAAAUAUUUGAUUUACUAUCGAGUCCUUUGCCCCACACCCCCUGCAGUAGCUAGAUUGAACCGAAAAUGCUCAGUGAAACGGCUGCCAUGCCGAUGAACAAUCGGCAUGAGGAAUUCUUAAUCGCGAUUUAUCGGAAUUCUUAAUCGCGAUUUAUCGGAAUUCUUAAUCGCGAUUUAUUGGAAUUCUUUUCAUUCUGCUGUGGCAACAAGCUACAUACCUUAUUAAUUCACAUAGGCAGAAAACGAACUAUGACAGUUUUAUUUGCAAUAUGUUGUAUCUAUCCAUUUUAAAGAUUUAAUGAGGUUGUUUUUAGUUUUCUUAUGUGAUAAUAAUUUGCUGACCAACAAUAUUAAAGCUCAUUGAUACGGAGUCAAAUGCACAAAUCGUCACUGCUGUGUAAAUCACGUAAUUAGGUCCAUUACUUUCACAUCCACCGCCAACUGCAUUUUAAUAAUAACUCACAGUUUGAUUGUAAUGUGCUGCUAUUGUGUGCCUUCAUUGAAUAUUUUUGUUAAUUCUGAAUAAAAGUUGUUGAUAAAAAUGUUAAACGUGACUAUCAUUAAACAUGAUAAUGUUUUAUUAUAAUUGCAUUAUAAUAAAGUGCAUUAUGCUCCAAUGUGCAUUACAAUAAAGUGUUAUAAUAAAAUAAAAAUUUUUAUUCA